CUCUGAGUCGGGAGUGAUUGUGUAGAUGAUUGUUCGAGUGAUACUGUAAGUGUAGUUGGAGUUUAGUUGGGCGUUUGAUAACAUUGUGAGUUAUAUUUUAAUAUAUUGAUAUCCCGUAUAUCACACAUUGGAAGUCCCAGAAAGAGAUUUCAGAAAUUAUCUUGGAGUCGUAUUUCCCAGGGCUUAUGAUGCCGACACAGCGGGACAGUUGCAUGUCCCAGCCCGCCGGAGAGAAUGCACAUCAAAUCCGGGUAAAAGCUUACUACAAGGGGGACAUCAUGAUUACCAGCUUCGAGCCAUCCAUCUUGUACGAAGGUCUUUCCAAUGAGGUGCGAGAGAUGUGCUCCUUUGAGGAUGACCAGCUUUUCACUAUGAAGUGGAUUGAUGAAGAAGGUGACCCUUGUACUGUCUCUUCUCAGUUGGAGUUGGAAGAAGCUCUAAGGCUUUACGAACUGAACAAGGAUUCGGAAUUGAUUAUCCAUGUACUUCCAUGUGUACCUGAAAAACCUGGAAUGCCAUGUCCUGGAGAAGACAAAUCCAUCUAUCGCAGGGGGGCCCGGCGUUGGAGGAAGCUCUACUAUGCAAAGGGACACACCUUCCAGGCAAAGAGGUUUAACAGGCGAGCACACUGUGCCAUUUGUACAGACCGGAUCUGGGGACUGGGGCGCCAGGGGUACAAAUGCAUUAACUGCAAGCUCCUGGUCCACAAGAAGUGUCACAAACUGGUCACCAUAGAAUGUGGAAGACAUGUUAUACAGGAUCCUGCAGAGCCUGUGGGUUCAUCUUCAACACACACUGAUUUACUACCAGCAGUUAUUUCUUACAAAUCUUCAAGUCAUGAUGAAAAUUUGGACCAUGUUGGGGAAGAAAAGGAGGCUAUGAGCAGUAGAGAAAGGGGCAGAGCUCCUUCCAGUUUAGGACUGGCGGACUUUGAUUUAAUCCGUGUCAUUGGCAGAGGCAGCUACGCCAAAGUGCUGUUGGUCCGUUUAAAAAAAACAGAACGCAUCUACGCCAUGAAAGUGGUGAAGAAGGAGCUUGUGAAUGACGAUGAGGAUAUAGAUUGGGUGCAGACGGAGAAACAUGUGUUCGAGCAAGCAUCAAACCACCCGUUCCUCGUGGGAUUGCAUUCCUGCUUCCAGACUGAGAGCAGAUUGUUUUUUGUCAUUGAAUAUGUCAAUGGUGGAGAUUUGAUGUUUCACAUGCAGCGGCAGAGAAAACUUCCAGAAGAGCACGCCAGGUUUUACUCUGCAGAAAUCAGCUUGGCAUUAAACUACCUUCAUGAACAUGGGAUCAUAUACAGAGAUCUGAAACUGGAUAACGUCUUGCUUGAGUCAGAGGGACACAUUAAACUCACUGAUUACGGGAUGUGUAAGGAAGGCUUGCGUCCUGGGGACACCACCAGCACAUUCUGUGGUACUCCCAACUACAUCGCCCCGGAGAUCCUGCGAGGAGAAGAUUAUGGUUUCAGUGUAGAUUGGUGGGCGCUGGGAGUUCUGAUGUUUGAAAUGAUGGCAGGAAGGUCCCCCUUUGACAUUGUGGGAAGCUCUGACAACCCUGAUCAGAAUACAGAGGAUUAUCUAUUUCAAGUUAUUUUGGAAAAGCAAAUCCGUAUCCCACGUUCCCUGUCUGUCAAAGCUGCCAGUGUUCUAAAGGGUUUCCUUAACAAGGAACCCAAGGAACGUCUAGGCUGCCACCCUCAGACAGGUUUCGCUGACAUCAUGGGUCAUCCAUUCUUCAGAAAUGUUGACUGGGACCUUAUGGAGCAGAAGCAAGUGGUUCCUCCCUUCAAACCCAACAUCUCUGGAGAGUUUGGACUGGAUAACUUCGAUGCUCAGUUUACCAAUGAACCUAUACAGCUCACUCCAGAUGAUGACGAUAUUGUCAGGAAGAUUGAUCAGUCCGAAUUCGAAGGCUUUGAAUACAUCAACCCUCUUUUAAUGUCUGCUGAAGAAUGCGUCUAAAUAGAUUAAAAAAAAAAAAAAUGUUGCAUCAGACUCUCCUGCUAUUGCCUAUAAAUGUCUGCAUGGUUAAUAUACUAUCUGAAAUUUUAAAUACUUAAGUUUACCAUCAGCUGCUAAUUAUGCUGAUCUCAUGCCAGUUAGAAUCCAUAAUCCUGGUGUAGCCUGUAACCAACUGUUACCGCAGAUUUCAUACUUUGAUGCAUACGUAAAUUAAUAUUUAGAUGGAAACCUAUAUUCAUUGAUCUUCAAUACAAGUUUGACUAUUUACUGUCAGUAAAAUCUAAGAUCUGUAAAGUAGAACUGGCAUAGUAUUUAUAUUACUGUAUGUAUUCAGGGUAGUAUUAGAAGGUUUCUCUAAACUAAAAACCAAACCAUGUUGAAUUUAAUAUUGAUGUACAAUUGGUAGGUUGCUUAGCUAUUUCCCUCACCAGUCCACAGGUUGUAAUUGGCAGCAAAACUGUUGAAAAUUAAACCAUUCUACUCUUACAGGAAUAAUAUACAAAACGAUACAUGAGCCCCUUGUGUGAUAACGGCUGGAAAAUAAGAUGAUACAGACUAUGAAAGAUUAAAGACUAUUGGUUGCAGAGCUAAAAAUGAGCAGUUAUCUUCACAGCUUAGUUUUAGAAAAUUGUUACAAAGGGACCUCUCCUUUUAAGUCACAGGACGGUGGGGAAAAAAUGUAUAUAUUUGUUAAACUGAAUGGUACUACUGAUAAUGUGUUUUUAGAUUAGAGCCCAAAACAAAUACUUUCAAUGGAGAACUUCCACAGACUUUCUGUGUUGAACAGGACCAAAAACAUUUUUAGUUGUGAAAAAAAAAAAAAAAAAACAGAUCUAUAUAAACAAUGGCAGCUGUACGUGCCAGCACUUCAUUGAGAGUUUCACAGCUGUUACUCAAAGUAGACAUUUUUACAGUCUAAGGGAACACUUCUAUUUUUUUUUUUUAAUGCUGACCAAAGCCUUUUGGAAUCCUUUUUGACAGCCUUUGAAGGAAAGAAUGGUGGUUAUAAAACUGUAUAUAGUAAGAGUAUUUAGAAAGACAGUUCAUUGUUUGAACUGCUGAGAAUACUUUUUAAAACAAGCGUUUCACCCAGAUGAUGUCCAGAACCCUACUUGCUUCAUUCUUUUCAUUCAAAUUCCAUCUCUUAUUUUAUCAACCUCAAUAUUUAAUGGAAAAGGAUGACAACUAAAUGCUUUCGCACUCAGAGUCUAAGAAACGGUAUCACACUUACAUAAUCAUUUCUGCCGAAGUCUAGCGUAAUAUAUCACCUUCGUAUUUGUGCAUUUUCGAAAUGUAUAAUUUAUUGUCAUACUAAAAAGUCAACAAAUCAGCCUUAACGGUAUUUACUUAUUUUAUUUUACCUGUACCAGCCCAGUUCAGGGGUAGUAACAUAAGGACAAACCUUUUGAAAUUAACUUGCAGACACUGUAAUGCACUGAAUGCAUUAAAACCUUGAAGAAAAUAUUGGCUUUUAUGCAUAUUAGGCUUUUUGAGUAGUCCCCAGCUCAUCUUAAUUUGCUGGUAUUUAAACAAGCAGGGUAGCUAAAAGGUGGUGUGACCUGUUAGGAACCAGCUGGCUUGGCUGUGAAGAAUCUGAGUGGAGCUGUAUAUUUACAACCGUCUAGUGAGCACUGAUCUAAACAACAACUUUAGUGUGAUUUUAAGGGUUGGAAACCUGUUUUAGCUUUUCUAUAGAUGAAGGAUAGCUAAAGCUGUAGUGCCUCGGGCAUCUACGAAAGGAAAUCUACACAGACCACACAAAAAUUGUGAGUUCGUCCUUUGCAUGUCAUCUGCAGUUCUGGUGUGACAAUGCAUGCCAAACCUGCAAAUAAAUGUAUAUUGGAACAUUACUAAUAGGUUGAGCAACCUGUACCCUGCUGGGAAAAAACAAUUAUGGCUUAUCCCACUUCAUUUCAGCUGGUGAAUUGUAUCAUAUUGCAAUAUGAAAUAAAACUAUAUGCCAUAGAUGUAAAAUUACCGGGUCACUGUAUAUGAAGCCAAGUAAAUCAGGUAGCCUUGUAUAGAGACUGGUAGUUUCAGUGGAGUCUCCUGUAGAUUCACUCACUGCAUGCACUUGUUGCAGAACCCCUUGGUAUUGCUCAUUUAUUACCCAAUGUCUAAUGUACUGCUGUGUUUUUUGUUUCUUAUCCCCUGUUAACAGUGAAUAGGAUCUGAAAUACAAGAGAAGGUGUUUUGGGAUAACGUGCAUAGGACAGGUCAUUUGAGAUGGUUCUUUAGUGAGCAAUUGUUACAGGCUGUAGUUUUCAUUAACAUCUCUUUAAAAAGUUGUGUUAAAGGCUGAUGUUUUUUCUUUCGAUUGCCAUUAACUUUAGUAUACCCUAACAGGGAAUUUAGUCUUUACUCUCGCGUUUCACCUGUUAUUUUUAUAUUGUUUUACAAACAAAAAUCGUAUAGGUACACUGAAUGAUGGGAGGGGGGACAAAUGUAUCAAUUUUAAUGUGUUAUUUACUUAUGUAUUUUCUUUUUUUUACCUUUUACACUUUUUUUCCUAAAAUGCUUUUCAAACGCUACUUAUUUUUUUACAUGCUGUUACAAAUGCCAUAACACUAUCUCGUUUAAUUGACUCAAUUUGCUUUUAUUGUAAUUUUGUUUUGUUCACGGGUAAAAUGUCUACAAUAUACUGUACUGCAGUCAAAGUGGAAAACAAGUCAGGUACCCGGGUAAUCGGGGAACAGUCCAGCUAGCAAAGCACUUCUCUUUUAUAAUGAAUCAUUCUAACACAUAUGGAAAUCUUACUGCUACUUU